GGGACUUGCCCGUCUCACUGCGUGAGUGUGAGAGUAUUGAGGCUAGCGAAGAGUAAUAAUGGCGGUGAGGAAGGGGAAACUGUGUUGUGGAUUGCUCCUUGCUGGAGUUACCUGGAAGCUAAGCCAGGCGUCGUUGCUGAAUUUUCGGCCUCCCUGCUGUAGGUGCUGGGAUGAAGGUCCGGAUGAAGCUGAGUUGUUGCCGGCUAGUACUCAGCCCUCGCGGCCACGUGCACGGCUCCCGCCGCCCAGGGAUGGGCAGAAAAUCACGGUGCUGAGCAUCGACGGCGGCGGGAUACGCGGGCUGAUCCCGGCGGUCAUUCUCGCCUCUCUGGAGGAGAAACUCAAAGAGGUGGAGAAGGAGGCGGACCCGGAGGGCGACUGGGAAGACGCCCGGAUAGCGGACUACUUCGACCUGAUCGCGGGGACGAGCACGGGCGGGCUGAUCGCGACGAUGCUGGCGACGCCGAGGCCAGGCGACGAGAACAGGCGGCCACUGUUUGCCGCCAAAGACAUCCGCAACUUCUACUACAAGCACGGGGCUAGCAUCUUCAGUCCCGUGUCCAAAACGGACUCGCUAUUCAGCUGGUUGAACGAUCAAUACCGCGCGUUCGUCAGGGGCGGGCCCAAGUACGACGCCACGCCUCUGGAGGGAAAGAUCAAUAGGCUGACGGGCACCCUCACCCUCGCCGACACCGUCACUAAGAUCCUGGUGCCGGCGUUCGACGUGAGGAGGCUAAACACCGUCACCUUCUCGUCCUACGACGCCCCCGAGAUGCUGAAACCCCAUAAGAAGCAUUACCUGUCGGACGUCUGCCUCGGCACCACGGCCGCGCCGACCUACUUCCGCCCGCACCACUUCUGGUCCCACUACACCGACGGCGACCGCCGGCACCCGUUCCACCUCAUCGACGGCGGCGUGGGCGCCAACAACCCCACCAUGCUUGCCAUAUCGAGGAUCGCCAGGGAGAUACUGUGCGGGAAGAACCCGGAUUUCGAGCCUCUCGAGGAGGACCAGGCUGUGGAUUACAGCAAGUUCAUCGUCAUCUCCAUCGGGACGGGGUCCACCAAGGAGAGGGGGAGGUACAACGCCGAUGACUGUGCCCGCUGGACCGACAUAAAGUGGGUCCGGAAAGACGGCCAUCGCCCAAUCAUCGACAUGUUCGCCCACGCCAGCGAUUUCUGGGUCGACACACACGUCAGCACGCUCCUAGAUGGUCAGAGAUGCAAGAACUACCUCCGCAUACAGGCUCUCAAAGAGGAUGGCUUGGUCGGGCCCAUGUUGUUACUGGACAACGUGUGCAAGCACAACAUGGAUAAUCUGAUCAAGGUCGGCGAAAACCUGCUCCAGAAGAAGGUCACUAAGGUGGACAUGAUCACGAUGAGAUACGAGAAGCAGGACACCGAGAUGACAAACGAGGAAGAGCUCAAGAAUUUCGCCAAGAUGCUCUACGAUGAGCGCAAGCUCCGCCUUGGGAAAGACAAGCAAAAAAGGCCCCGUGUUGAUCAGAAUGAACAAGCGCUGCCUGACGGUGCAAUGACGACAGACACGAAAGCACAGGCAACCGCCGACGAGAUGGCUGAAAAAUGAUUUUCCUGACAGUACGUGAGCUGCUGGCAGGCCGGGCUAGCAUUUGCUAGCUUGCCGGUUCAACCGUUGGAGAUCAUUUUGGCCGACAUGGAUUGUUUCAGGCUCACAUGUGCUAAACCCUGUCUCUGCUGCUACUUUUACCUGCGUGUGUUGUGUUAAUUGCCAGUCGUCGGUCGAAUAAGCUGCUUGUUUGUCGCA